UCGCCGUCGCCUCCCGCACCGCGGCUUCUCCUCGUCCCGCUACUCCAGCUGGAGAGGUGACUGUCCAGGACAGUUUCAAAGACGCAGUCACCGGCUGCACCACGUCCUGGAGGCAGUCCCGUGUUACCUCACAGACACACGCCCGCGCACACAAACACCGGUGUGAAUUCGAGAUAAGUGCGCGCUUUCCGAGGAUCGGAAGAGGCAUGUGGCUGACAGACUGAACGGAUAUCUGGACAGAUCAAUAUCGAAGAUACCAGAGUGAUCCGAUUUCCGCUUCGCCUGAGGUAUCUUCUGAUGACUCAAGGACUCGCUUAUGACUUCACGGUGAUCUUGGAAAUUGUUGGGCUGUUGCCGUCCAGCUGGCGGCGGACGGAAGUGACUGAUAUGUUUUGAGAUAGUGGAGGAAGUGCUGCCUCGCAGCUAGUUCUGUGACGAGCGUGUUGGUGGACAGUGGUGAAGGAUACACUCUGAAACUCGACGGUGACUCGAGCAGGACGUUGCGGCGAGGAUCAAUUGGAUACCAAUCAAGAUCAAGUGGAGAACACUGGUUAUUGGUGGGUAAUCAUAGGUUACGUUAUCAGGGGUUUUCGCGCGGCUGACGACCUGCCGAUUGAAUUAAAUUCCCGCCUCGAGGGCACAAGUGAGACGGUUGCACUAGUUGCAUAGGAUUCUCGGCUCGACUAACUAUUCUGGUUCUGCUAGAUCAGAAGCUCUUGGCUUCUCGAAGCUUCUCGAGAAACGAGAAGUCUAGACAGAAAAGAGACUGUCGCUUAAGGAGAUCUUGAGAAACAAAAAAGUCUAGACAGAAAGGAGACUAGCAUCACUAAGAAUGAUGUUUAUGAAAUAUAAAGGAGAGAUGUAACAUGUCAGAACGGAUAUCCCUUCGAAGAAAGGAAAUGGCCUGAUUGUGAUCUCCGUUCGGCAGGUAAAACUUAGAGGACUUCUCAUUGUUCAGGUGACUGAACGAAUUCUCGAGCUAAAGUUUGUGAUUUCUUUAAUGACUCGGGAAUGGACUAUAGAUAAUUAAUGUGAAGCGAAUGAGAGGAAGUUACAGCUGAACGAGAGUGCUCGAUCUAGUGCAACGUUGAGCAAGUGUUCGUCCCGUCGGAGACCUUAACAGCGUCGAAGCAGUAUGGGACAAAUCGGUCGCGAAUGCACGGACACUUUUCAGUUCAACAAUUUGCAUUACUAGAGUCAUCAGCCGUUUGCCAGAUAAAGGGCAGCGUCAAUUAUUUGAUCGUCAAGGUACACGAGUCAGGAAGAGGAGGAAAAAGUGAAAAGUGACACGCGAGAAAAUACUCGAUCGCUCAGAUAGACUGAAAGAACACACGAUUGUGCGUCUGCUAAAUUACAAGACCUUCCUCGGUCGAAUAUACUUCCACAGGACGAGAAUGUCAAGCGCUGACUGAUAACACAUGCCGUGGUGGUAGCGCUCUCGGGGAGGAUGUUCCACGGGGGCGGAAGUGGCGGGUACGGCGCAGGUUCCGACUACCAGCAACAGUCUCAGCAGCAGCAACAACACGGGCAACAACUCCAAGCGCCCGUCUACGUUCCCUCGUCCAGGCCGGCGAUUCCAUCCGCAGCAACGGCGGCGCAAUAUCAUUCUUUCCCCACUUCUGCCUCGCCCGCAUGGGAGAAGACGACAUCCUGGCAACACGGAGUGGAAACGUACGCGGCGCACCACGCGCUCGCCGGUCACACGAGCGGCACCGCGGCGGCGAUGGGACCGCACGCGGGUCACGGCCAUACGCACGCGGGGCAUCCGCACACGGCGCACCCUCAUUCCUCCCUAGCCGCGGCCUCACCAUUCUACGCACCGAACGUCGCGAUGAUGUCGACCUGGCGGACCUACGACGGCGCCGGCUUCCAGCGCGCAUCGCCUUAUGACACCGCAAUGGACUUCCAGUUUGGCGAGGGUCGUGAGUGUGUGAAUUGCGGGGCGAUAUCGACACCGCUCUGGCGAAGGGAUGGUACCGGUCAUUAUCUCUGUAACGCAUGCGGACUUUAUCACAAGAUGAACGGCAUGAAUAGGCCGCUUAUCAAGCCCUCGAAACGCCUGAUGUCGGAAUUUCAGACCGCGACGAGGCGACUCGGGUUAUGCUGCACGAAUUGCGGCACCCGCACUACCACCUUGUGGAGGCGCAACAACGAGGGCGAGCCGGUGUGCAACGCCUGCGGGUUGUACUUCAAAUUGCACGGAGUCAACAGGCCAUUGGCCAUGCGGAAGGAUGGCAUACAGACGAGGAAGCGGAAACCGAAGAAGACCCCGGAGCCGAACGCGAGGUCGUCCACAGGAGACCACGAGACCAGCACCUCGACCACUUCCUCUCCCUCCACGGACUUAAAGAGCAAUCAGCAACAGCAGCAACAGCAGCAACAGCAGCAGCAGCACCAGAUCGAGGUGACGAAGUCGUCAGGCUCGUCGGCGUCGACCGACCGACCCGUUUACCUCGGUCAUACCUCGCUGCUGGCCACCGGCACCGUGCCCGCCGUGAAAACGGAACCGCGAAGCUGCGACGGCGUCGUCGGCCAGCCAUACGCGUCCUACUAUCAGCAUCCUCACCAGCUGGCCGCCAGCAGCGAGCACCAGCAACAGAGCUACUACGGCGCCCAAGAGACGCCCUAUCAUCACCAACACCACGUCACCGCGGCGGCGAAACUGCUCGCAUCCUCGUAAUUUGCUCGACGGAUCGGAAGUCCAUCGGAAAUCACCCUGAGGACGAGUCGACAUGAUGAUGCGGACACGUCGAGGCGAAAGUAGAAGACUUACCCGCGGCACGAGACUAGUCAAGAACGGGCGUAUAUGUGACGAGGAAUCGCGGACUCGAGAGUGUUCAGAGUGCUCGAGACACUUCUCUGACGAGUGGAAAAACGGUUCUUCGUGGGAGCGUGGGACUAGUCAGUGACGAACGUGCGAACUAUUUCGAAAUUCGAAGGCCGGGCCGACUUUGGCGAAGAGAGAAGUCGAGACGCGGGGAACCCGUCAUGAGAGAUCGAGAGGAGAGCGCUGUUAAUCGAGGAAGUGCUUUAACGGGAGAACGAUUAAACGCGAAAGAAUCUACAUUUCGAUGUUCGGCGAGAAACGAUGUCUCUCAGGGGAAGAGAAACGAAGUGUCGUCGAUGUGCCUCGAAGACGUCGAAUUUGAACACUUGUCGUUAACGGGCGCGUUAUCCUAAUCGAAAGGCAGACUGGAUCUCUAGUCAAUGACAGGGAUUGUAGAAAUUCUACGGCAUAAGAGGACGUUCGCUCGGCUGGCUUGACGAUUACGAUGAGACUCGCGAGAAAAUGGGCCGUAAAAAAUGGCGAAACGCGAACGGGACGUAACAUUUCAUGCGUUACGACGCAGCAUAUUUGCAUGUUUAAUUGCGCGCUCUUGCCCCUCCGUUCGAAUAUACAGCCGACACAUGUAAAUAGCCGAAUUAUGAGAAAGUAAUGUAAUUAAUAAUGCAAGAGUGCUUCCUGAUUUGAUACGAAAUUUGAAAGACACGACACGCAGAACGAAUAAAAAUAGCGGAUUAUUGGUAAAGCCUGCGUGUACCGAAAAAAAAAAAAAAAAACGAAUCGA